AUGAACUAUUUUGAUUUUACUGAUGAUAUUAUUGAACUAAAUCAAUCUAAUGGGAUUACUUCGACUACAAUGCAACCAUUAACAACGACAGCUGCAGUUGUUAAUCAACAACAACAACAACAACAACAAGCAAAAGAUUUAUCUGAUUGGAGGAAUAUUCAACUUGGAACAAGCUCAACUUUUUUUGACCCAUUUUGGUUACCACAAACACCUAUUACACCAUUAUCUAACAGUUGGUCUAUACCAAAUAAUACAGUUUAUCCAUCAUCAUCAUCAUCAUCAUAUAAUCAAAUAUUAUCAUCUCAACAUCCUUAUCAAUGGACAAAUUCAAAUAAUAAUCCUCCAUGGAAAAUACCAUUAGAAACACGACAAUCCUUUGUUAAUAUUAAUCAACAAAAUCCAAUGAAUAAUAUUAAUGAUUUAACAACAAAUCCUAUUCGAAAUUUUCUUCCUGCUCAACCAACAUCAUAUUCAUAUCCAGUGACGACGAUACCACCACCAUCGAAAGUUCGAUCAAUUCAUUCUCAUGAAACUCAAUUUAUUCCUGUACCGGAUUUUGAUAUUGAUAAAAUUCUUGGAGAAAUUGAAAAUGUUAUACCAGAUAUUGAUCUUGAUAGUGCACGUCGAACAAUAACAUCAAUGAAUCCAAUUCCAUCAACAAAUGAUAUUGUUACAUAUUUUCUUGAUAAUGGUUAUACAAAAAAAUUAAAAAAAACAUUUUCAAAUGAUUCUCAACGACAAUCAUCAUUAAAACGUUCAAUCUCAGAUAUGAUUGAUGAUAUACCAAAAUUUUUAUCAUCCUAUCCCGAUCCAAUACAAUAUUUUUUUGAUACAAAACGUAAACAAUCGGAAUCAUAUAUUAAUCAUGCUAAAGCAUAUCUUUUACGUGCAUUUCCAACAACAGAUAAAAGUAUUUUAGAACAAGCUUUGGAAGAAGAAAAUUGGCAUUUUUUACCGACUAUUAGAAAAUUUGAAACACGUGCUGGUAUUCGUACAAAUACAUUUUUACAACGAAUGACAAUUAAACGUUCAUUAGAUAUGAUUGAUUUAUCUAUUGAUGGUGUUGGUCGAACACCAUCUAUAGCAUGGAUAAUUAAAAAUAAUAAAUUUGCAUAUCCAAUUCCACAUACACCUUGCGAAGAAUUUUAUGAUGAACUUCGUUUUGCUAAAAAUGAAAUUAAAAUUCGAAGAUAUAUUGGUAAAAUAACGAAAGAACAUGAAAAACGUGUUAAAAAAGCGAAAAAAGGCAAUGAAACACUUGAAUGUGAAAUCUGUUGUCAAGAAGAUUUAUUAAUUGAUGAUAUGGUUGAAUGUACUGUUGGACAUCUUUAUUGUCGAAAUUGUGUUCGAACACAUAUUGAUGUUUGUUUCAAAGAAGGAAAAUAUCGUUUUGCAUGUGUAGAAAAUUCAUGUCCGGGAGAAUAUACAAUGAGACUUAUUAAUGAAUUAUUACCAUCAAAAGAUUUGAAAAGAUUGAAUAGAAGAAUACAAGAAGAAAAUAUUAGACAAGCUGAAAUUGAUGGUCUUGAAUGUUGUCCAUAUUGUCCAUAUGCUGUUAUUGUUGAUAAUCCAAAUGAUAAAAUAUUUCGUUGUUUAAAUCCUGAAUGUAUGAAAGAAACAUGCAGAUUAUGUAAUGAACCUAAUCAUAUUCCAUUAAGAUGUGAUGAAAUAGAAAAAGGUAUAGAACUUGAGAUGCGUAAAUUUAUUGAAGAACAUGUAACAGAAGCAAUGAUACGUAAAUGUCCUCGAUGUACACAACGUUUUUAUAAAGUUGAAGGUUGUAAUAAAAUGACAUGUUCAUCAUGUGGUUUAUUUAUAUGUUAUGUUUGUCGAGAAACAAUUAAUGGUUAUGAUCAUUUUACAGAUAAUGAAAGAUGUACAUUAUCAAAUCAAAGUGAUAAAAUUCAUUAUGAUGAAAUGGUACAAGCAUAUACAAACGCUAAAAAUGAAUAUCUUCGUCUUCAUCCUGAAGCUCAUGAUAUGAUUCUUCGUUAUGAUCCAAUAUCUCAUUUAAGUAAACUACCAGUUCCACCAACAACUAAUGUUUAA